AGCCAUCUUCCAUCUUCCUUUACGAGUGCGAAGCACAAGCGAUUUAGCGAUUUGCAAACAUGUAUUUUCACGCCUUGAUCACUACAACUGCCUCACCUGCCGCUGCAGGAUGGUGCGUCGCCGGAAACAACCAGGCCGGCAACAGACACGGCCAGUCUCUUCGUCCGCUGCACCGCAGGCAGCGCUGGCACCGCGCCCUCCCGCCGACCCCGGACCAGCCAGUCUCGGCACACCAGCACAAGACGUCGCUACGGAUAUCAGCUCGGACAGCCCGGAGGCAACGCCUCCUCGACGCUCGGUGACGCCGUCACGAGCAACCAGCCACACCCGCCGCCAAGGACCGGCCAGGACCGCCGAUCGCACAGCCCGCCGAUCGGCCAGCCCGGAGGGCACCGCCGCCCGGCACGGGGCGGAGUCGUACCGCGGUUCCAGCCGCGAACACCGACACAGGUCGGAAAAACGCUCAGCGAAGCGGCGCCACUGCUCCACCAGAGAGGCUUCAAGAUACCGACGACGCCGCUCACCGUCCCUGCGAACGUCGGACUCCGACUGGACCGAGUCUGACACGCCGUCCGACUCUUCGUCCGACCACGGUCGGGUGUCGAGGUCACGGAAGCGCUCCAAGACUCAAGGUCGACAGCCCAUCACGGACUUCCUGGACAUGAGUAUCGUGCCCCGGCGGUCUCAGCAGCCCCCACCGCCUAGAGGCCUAAAGCUGCCGACGGUCAGCGCCACAGCCCUCAAGACACUGGCCGACCGCAGCAAGGUGGCCUCAGUAGAGGCGGUGGUGUUCCCGCACGCGCCAUCGGACGGACCGCGGGGAGCUGCGCCGACGCGAUACCCGCCGCUGAGCCCGGCGGCCUACAUGCGGGGUGUCACCACCAUCGCCGCAUAUAGAACGUACUUCUUUCCAGCCGCGGCGGUGCAAUGGGCAACAUACCUACUCUGGAUCCAGAGCCGGGGUGAGAGCCUGCCCACAAGCGCGCUGCGCGACCUAGAUGAGCGAGCCCGCACACACAUGGCCACAUACGGGGACGACUACCAUGACGCUGCGUCCUUAACGGAGAGCACGGGAUUGGCCGGCGGCCUCCCGCCACCCGCCGCCCCAACGGCCGCCGCCAGCAGCCGUUACGCCGGACCCGCCGCACAGCGCCCAGGGGGCGCCCCAAACGAACUGUGCCUCCGCUACAACGGAGCCGGCUGCUACAGCGGGGGCACGUGCAAGCGCCAGCACGCCUGCACCAUCUGCCGCGGCCCGCACCCAGCCCGACAGUGCCUGAUGGCGGCCCCGGGCCAGCCAGGGUCCAUCCCCCAUCGGCCCGCGCUGACCGGGCCGAGACAGCAGAAGUCUCGCUGGCACUAAACCCAGACGCGGUAAGCUCCGACAUCGCCGCCGUCGGCCCAAUUGACUCGUCUCCCCCACCCCGGCAAUACGGAACUACUAUUUGGCAAAGCGACAUUCGGCUAAUGGUAACGUAUCGGAGCUCGCGACGAUCACGGUACAUUAGACGGUCGCGAGGGCUGGACGACAAGCAGCGACAUCUACAUCCAUGCAAGUUUUAGGUCCGUAGGAGGACGAUAGAUGGCACUAGGUACGUGAUGUAGAGAUGGUCGCUAUAUCGCACUUAUCAAAAGUGCUUUAUGUACUAAGACGCACGUAAGUCAGUUCAUAAUUUAUUAAAAUAUUAAUAAUAAUAAUAUGUAUCUGGAUAAAUAACGUUAUGGGUAAACCCCGCAUCGCAUCAGGAAUUUGGCCACCUCUUGGGUAGCCAUCUUCCAUCUUCCUUUACGAGUGCGAAGCACAAGCGAUUUCCACCCGCCCACCCCACAUCUCCCCUUUGUCUCCUCCUUUCGCCACUCGCUCAGUCUUUCAGGUCUUUCAGCUAAGUCUUUCAGUUAACAAAGGAGAAUGGAACAUCACUGAGCAAGCGGGGAAAGGAGUUGAGACCGGUUU